UUAUAAAUUAAGCAGCUCCGAGAAGCCAGAAGCCUCAUACAAUUCCUGGAAACAUAUAGAGUAUCAACUUUUUUUUCAAUUUCAAUGGAUGGCCUUGCAUCUAUCAAUGGACUAGGGAGCAGUUAUACCGACAACGUUAACCCCCUAGAUCCUGAGGAAUUCAGAAGGCAAGGUCACAUGAUCAUAGAUUUCCUAGCUGAUUAUUACCAAAACAUUGAGAAAUACCCAGUUCUCAGUCAAGUUGAACCAGGCUACCUUCGAAAACUCUUGCCAAUGUCCGCACCAUACGUUGCUGAACCCGUGGAAGCUAUCCUUCAAGAUGUUCAGCAACAUAUUAUCCCUGGGAUAACACACUGGCAAAGUCCUAACUAUUUUGCAUAUUUUCCUUCAAGUGGUAGCGUUGCUGGCUUCCUUGGAGAAGUGCUUAGCACCGGCUUCAAUGUGGUGGGCUUCAACUGGAUAUCAUCACCGGCUGCGACGGAGCUAGAAUCCAUAGUCAUGGAUUGGCUUGGACAAAUGCUUCAGCUUCCUCAGAGUUUCCUUUUCUCCGGAAAUGGAGGGGGUGUGAUACAGGGAACUACUUGCGAGGCCAUGUUGUGUACGCUAACAGCUGCAAGAGAUCAAAUGUCGAGCAAAAUUGGGAGGGAUAACAUCGGGAAAUUAGUUGUCUAUGGGUCGGACCAAACACAUAGUGCUCUAGCAAAGGCGGCUAAUAUUGCCGGUAUCAACCCUAAGAACGUUCGAGCCAUCAAGACAACAAAAUCAACAUCAUUUGGUCUGUCACCAGAAUCAUUACAAAUUGCAAUCAGCUUUGACGAAAAAGCUGGAUUAAUCCCACUCUAUCUAUGUGCCACAAUUGGGACAACAUCAACAACUGCUGUUGAUCCAUUGGGACCACUAUGUGAUGUGGCCAAAAGAUACGGAAUGUGGGUUCAUGUUGACGCUGCUUACGCGGGAAGUGCCUGCAUUUGCCCCGAGUUCCGACAUUUUAUCAGUGGCGCAGAAGGUGCAAAUUCUUUUAGCCUGAAUGCUCAUAAAUGGUUCUUCACCACUUUAGAUUGUUGUUGUGUUUGGGUGAAGGAUCCAAGUACUCUCAUAAAAUCUCUCUCAACAAAUCCGGAAUACCUGCGAAACAAAGCUAGUGAUACAAAACAAGUCGUAGACUACAAAGAUUGGCAGAUAACUCUCAGCAGAAGGUUUCGAGCUAUGAAACUUUGGCUUGUACUUAGAAGUUAUGGUGUUGCCAAUCUCAGAAACUUUCUAAGAAGCCACGUCAAAAUGGCAAAACUUUUCGAAGAACUUGUGGCUAGCGAUAAUAGGUUUGAAGUAGUAGUACCCAGGUAUUUUGCUAUGGUCUGUUUUAGGGUUUUGCCAUCAGCAUUGUGUAAAUUUCAGAAUGAAUAUUGUGACAAAGAUGAUGUCGAUCAGACGCACGCAAACGAGUUUAACCGAAAACUGUUAGAGUCAAUGAACGCAUCAGGGAGGAUAUACAUAACUCAUGCUCAGGUUGAUGGCAUUUAUAUGCUGAGAUUUGCUGUUGGGGCCACUCUUACAGAGGAUAAACAUGUUAUCAUGGCUUGGAAGGUGAUACGAGAGAUGGUGGAUACCAUGCUCAACACAGAAUAA